AUGCCUCGAAGCUCUUCCUCUGGGCUGUUGCCAAGGCGCUCCUCGAACUUUCUGAAACGCAGCCACGAUGAGCUAUCGACUUCACCACCUAGCCCCGAGCCUCCCACAAAGCGACCGAGAAGAAGUAGACGCAAUGUUGUUGAUGAUCAAGUCUACCUAGAAGCAGGAAAGCGCGCGGUUUGGUUACUUGACCCCUUCGUACACCCUUACAUUGCAUUCAAACAAGGGAUGAUGUUGGAUAACGGCGUGACUAGUCCACACACCAAUAAACCGCUGUGUCUCAAGUUAUUAUCAAGGACGCCCGAUGCCCUCAAACGCCAUUUGGCUGUGUACGAAGGCAUCUUGGGUUUCAUUCCUGGACUUCGCGACCGCCUUGAAUGCUUAGAGAAAUCGGGCGAGCUAAAGCGUAUCUGUGGCUUGAUUUGGACUGGCACCUGCUCAGGGAGAUCUCAAGACUUUGGUUCCGUUAAGUAUGUCGGCCUCAGCUACAUUACGACCACUAUAAAUGCCCCUAUCAUUCCUCCUUUUGGAGGAGGAGGAAUGAAGUCAAAGUCGGAUCGCGGCUUCAACCAUCCCCUUACCGCUCGCUUACUGUGUCCUCGGAGCGAACGGGAUAGAUAUGACGCCAAUCCUGAACAAAAAAUUCCUGCGACACAUGAGCGAAUGCCCUCAUUUCUGUAUCCAGAGCACAUCUACGAUCCAGAUAAUAAAAGGGCUGGGCUCUUUCGAAGUGAAAUUCUCAUUCGGUUCUACCGUCACCUUUUUGUUGGACCGAAAGCAGCUGCAACUGGAGCUUUUGUGGGGUCGCAAGCGAAACCUGCAAAGAACAUCGCAUAUGGGCUGACUAAUGUCAGCCAUCGAAGUAUUGCUUGGGUAGCCGUUGUGAUAUACUAUACCCUGAGUACGGCCGAAAUGUGGACAGAUGGAGUUAUGGGCGCUUUCAAUUUAGACACGUUUUUUGGCCUGAUCAUAUCGCUCUUUGAGAACGAAGGUGAUCCAUGGGUUCGCGAGACCAUGGAAUGGUGGAAUGAGCAAAUAUUCGGCUCAAGAUAUUCGUUUGUACCGGGCCAAGACAGCCCUGAGGCCGUACCGUCAGAUUUCCGUGAUAUCAAAGCGACUACAGCUCCUCGACGAGAUGUAGACACCGUCCUGGCCGUCGAGAGGGAUGAUUCUAUUCCUAUAGUUGAUUGGUCCGUCAAUGGGACAGCAGGGAAUAUUCCUCUAUCUACCCAUUCGCCUCGUCCUCUUGCGGCAGCUUCGCCAGACCCCUCAGCAAAUGAUCUGACCGACGUUCCUGACACCAUCGAUUGUAGCGCCAGCACCUGCCUCAGAGCUGUUUCUACUGCUGCCGAGUGCAGCGAGCCCAUGCCCACCUUGACGGGACCGUCGCGUGUUUUUAAACUCAAGCCAUCUCACAGUGGUAGCGAUUCCGGCGAUUCUGUUGACUCGUGA